CAAUGAACACAAAACUUCUUGACGGUGUAAUUUGGUCAAUUUCUGUAUCACAUUUGGAGGGUAUUCCUGGAAAUAUUACACUCAACGACAAUACAGUUACUGACAUUGCUCAGAUAGUUGUGAGCAAACAUCCUCAUAUUCUUCUACAAAAUUGGGUGCCGCAAUUUGCAACUCUUAAUCAUACGAACACAAAACUCUAUCUCACACAUGGUGGCAUUCCAAAAUGUCCAUGA